AUGAACCCGCAAACCGCACCAACCACCAGCCUCCCAAGCCUUGCUGCGGUUGCAUUUGGAGGUCUUCGGUAUAUUGUUAUCCCAUCACACACAAUCUGGUACCCGGCUCUUGGCGGGCUCUUGCUGGGUCUGGGGAAAAGGACUAACAUCACACCCGGUACUCUCGGUGGUUUUGCGCCGAUCUCUUAUCCGCAUUCCGGGAGUUUGGGCAAUCCUCCCGUCGUCUCCAUCCUGCAGGCUGCUAGUGGCAAUCCCGGGACCAUGAUGCCGAGUCUCCAUGUCCACGAGCCCGCCAACGUGGUGGGUCGGAAUAGAACUCGGCUCCUUUGCUACUCGGUUCCCUGA